AUGAUUGUGGACUUCAGGAGGAGCACUGUCCCCCCGCCCCCACCCUCCGUGAUGGACUCCCCCAUCACCUCUGAGGAGUCCUUCCGUUUCCUGGGCACCACCAUCACCCAGGACCUCAAGUGGGAGCCGACCAUCAGCUCCCUCAUCAAGAAGGCCCAGCAGAGGAUGUACUUCCUGCGGCAGCUCAGGAAAGCCAAGCUGCAGUUCUACACGGCCAUCAUCGAGUCCAUCCUCACCUCCUCCAUCACCUCCUCCAUCACCUCCUCAUCACUUCCUCCAUCACCUCCUCCAUCACCUCCUCCAUCACCUCCUCCAUCACCUCCUCAUCACUUCCUCCAUCACCUCCUCCAUCACCUCCUCCAUCACCUCCUCCAUCACCUCCUCAUCACUUCCUCCAUCACCUCAUCCAUCACCUCCUCCAUCACCUCCUCCAUCACCGUCCAGAGACACCGUAAACACGAGCAGCGAAAGAGGCAGAGGAGGGUAAUGAAGGAGUACGAGUCCGUCUGCCCCAUAUGGAAAUGCAAAAGUGUGGCUUUGCUCAAGGGCAUCGCUGGCCGGAGAAGCGAGCGCUCUUUCGCGAUUGGGCGAGGCUCAGAGGGGGUCAUUAAUCUCCGCCGCUCCAUUGGCUGUGACGGCGGAGGGGAGGGGUCCUUGCAGCUGCUCAGUUAG